AUUUUCUAAUAUCCCUCUGUCUUGUCUUGAGUGAAGCGGCGAAAACAAGAAAAAAGAUGGUUCCUUUUUGUUUCUGGAGAUUCGUUCUUGUGACCCUUCACUGAAAAGUUUAGGUCUUUCUUCUUCACUCUGAAUCUCUCGCCGAUUUGAGAGAAAUGGGUGUUGAUUGGUUUCAGCUCGCUCAGUCUCUAAUCUUCGGUUUGAUCUUCGCUUACCUUCUCGCCAAGCUGAUCUCCAUCCUCGUCGCGUUUAAAGACGACAACCUCUCCCUCACUCGCAGCCACGACGCCGCCCAAUCGGAGAAUGAAUACUACCGGAAGGUCGAUUCUUCAGCCGGCGAGACGGAUUCUCUUGUGGCGGAGCAAGGAAGCUUGAGAGGCGAUGAAGACGAUGAUGAAGACGAUUGGGAAGGUGUGGAAAGCACGGAGCUUGAUGAAGCAUUCAGUGCCGCGACGGCUUUUGUGGCGGCUGCUGCUUCGGACAGGCUUUCGCAGAAAGUGUCGAGCGAGUUGCAGCUUCAGCUUUAUGGGUUGUAUAAGAUUGCUACCGAAGGAGCUUGUACUGCUCCUCAGCCUUCAGCUCUCAAAAUGACUGCUCGUGCUAAGUGGCAAGCAUGGCAGAAGAUGGGUGCAAUGCCAGCUGAGGAAGCGAUGGAGAAGUACAUCGACCUUGUGACUCACUUGUACCCAGCUUGGGUUGAAGGUGGCUCGAAAGGAAGGAAUCGUAGUGGUGAUGCUGCAGGAUCCAGCUCUAGAGCACCCAUGGGACCAGUGUUUAGCUCAUUGGUUUACGAAGAAGAAUCCGAAAAUGAGUUGAAGAUUGAUGCAGUCCACGCCUUUGCUAGAGAAGGAGAAGUGGAGAAUCUAUUGAAAUGCAUAGAAAGUGGCAUACCAGUAAAUGCAAGAGAUAGUGAAGGUCGGACACCGCUGCAUUGGGCUAUAGACCGUGGCCACUUGAAUGUUGCUAAAGCUCUAGUUGAUAACAAGGCCGAUGUUAAUGCUAAGGACAAUGAAGGCCAAACCGCUCUGCACUACGCUGUUGUGUGCGAAAGAGAGGCUCUUGCAGAGUUUCUAGUGAAGCAGAAAGCUGAUACAAGCAUUAAAGAUGAAGAUGGGAACUCGCCUCUUGAUCUCUGUGAAUCAGAGUGGUCUUGGAUGCGAGAGAAGAAGGAUUCUGAUUGAGAUUUUGUACUCUUUGAACUGUGUGUUCAAUGUCUUAAAACAGAGAUGUUUCGUAUACCUUUCUUGCUACUUUGCUUCUGUAACGGUUUUAGGCUACCUCAAAGCAUUUUGCGUAGAAGUAACGGUUUUGUUUGUUACUAUAUCGAACCAGAGAGAGAGAUCAUCAUCCCAAUAAAGCUCAAAAAUGCUGUUAAAACCAGCUAGAGACUA